GUAGAGGAGUAGGUCCGCAUAGAUAGACAAUUGUCAUAGCAUUCUGCAAGGCCUACUAACGUAAAGAGAGCGGCCUGCUCAAAACGCGGCAAAGCCGCGGUGGGACUGGAGCUGCUCCAGGUUUAGCAUAGUGGAAGGCGAGUGCGAGAGGAGCAAGUGGAAGCGUAAACUUCUUGAGGGCGGGUUGGACAGAAGAGAGAAAUGGCUGAGGAGACAGCAAACGAGCACGGGUUCAUCGAGACGGCCCCGGACGGAGUGCCGUCCGUGCCCAAGUCAACUGUGCUGCGUCUUCGCGGGCUGCCCUUCAGCGCUGGCGAGGACGACGUGCGGCAGUUCUUUGCGGACUUUGAAGUCGCCACGGUUGUGAUUGGCAAGCGGGCUGGCCGCUCGACGGGCGAGGGCUACGUGCAGCUGGAUUCGGUGGCGGCAGCCGCCGACGCUAUCGCUAAGCUCCAUCGCCAGACGCUGGGCCACCGUUAUAUCGAGGUGUUCGAGUCAACGGAGGCUGACCUGGCCACAGCGAAGAGCCUCAGCGUGGACCGCAUGCGGGGCUUUGUGAUCCGGUGCCGGGGCUUGCCCUACACCUCCACGGCACAGGACGUUCUGAACUUCUUUGGCGCCGACGUGCCGAUCGUUCGCGGCAUCGAGGGCGUGGUGUUCACCUACGCCCCCGACGGCCGACCCACGGGCGAGGCUUUUGUGGAGCUGCAGACGGAGGAGGCCCAGCGCGAAGCGCUGAAGAAGCACAAGGAGAGCCUGGGCUCGCGUUACAUCGAGCUGUUCGUGAGCACCAAAGUGGACAUGAUCCAGGCGAUCCAGCAGAACCGCAUGGUGCUGGGCUACUCCAACCGCAAGCGCUGGCUGCAGCAGCAGGGCAUCAACAUGGGCCCCCACGGCGGCGGCCCCAACGGCCACCACGGCGGCGGCGGCCACAUGCCCGGCCCGCACGGCGGCGGCGGCUACGGUGGCGGCGGCGGCGGCCAUGGCAGCUACGGCGGCGGCCCGCACGGCGGCGGCGGCGGCGCUCGUGGCGGCCGCCACCAGCAGCAACACUAUGGCAACAUGGAUGACGUCACGGACAUGAUGGCGGGCUUCAACAUGGGCGGGCACGUGCAGAUGAUUGGCCCCGGCGGCCAAAUGCUGCCGCCCGGCACCUACCAGCUGGAGGUCACACGUGACGGCAAGCAGCGCUUCAAUGGCGGCGGCGGCGGCGGCGGGUAUCCGGGCGGCGGGCGUGGCGGGCGUGGCGGGCGCGGCGGCCCUGGCGGGCCGUACGGCGGCGGCCGCGGUGGCGGCAUGAUGAUGGGCGGGGGCCGCGGCAUGGGCCAGGGCUACCAGUCCCGGCCCCCGCCGUCGGGCGGCGUGGCGCCUCCCAUGCCUCCCCUGCCGCCGGCCGCGCGGCAGACGGCGCAGGUCGUACCUGUGGCCGGCGGCAAUGCCGCGGGCAGCUCCGGCGCGGGUGGCGAGGGCCAGGGUCAGGGCCAGCAGCAGCAGGCGGCGCCGGGCCAGCAGCAGCAGCACCAGCAGCAGCAGCAGCAGUACAUGCCGUACGAGCAGCAGCAGUGGGCGCAGAUGGUGCCUCCGCCGCCGGGCGGCGGCGGCGCGGGUCAGCCGGCUCCGGGUCUGUAUGGGUCGGCGGGCGGUGCGGGCCAGCAGGCGCCCGGCAUUCAGGGCGUGGCGCCCGGCUCCUACACGCUGACCAACGUAAUGCAGGUGCCGGGUGCGGCGGGCGGCGGCGGCGGCUACCCGGGCGAGUAUCAGCAGCAGCAGGUCCACUCCCUGCAGGGUCUGGAUGGCGGCGCGGCGGCGGCUGGGCUGCAGGCCACCUGGGGCCCGCGCUAAGUGCUGACCGCCGGAAUCCGGAGUCCGAGCAAGAGGCGAGGCACCAGGGCAACACACCGGGAGCGGCCUGUCAAGCGGGCGCGAGCGGGCGCGCGCGAGCGCUGUGGUAUGGCCGCGAGGCGGCGGCGCCGCUCGCGGACAACAAUGCAUGCGUGCGGUACGUAUGGUGGUGAUGUGGUGGCGGCGAUUGCUAGCAGCAUAGCGAUCGGGACUGGCGGAACGUCGGGCCGUGGGAUUGCGAGGCCUCGCGACCUGGGCGCCUUGCAACGCGGCCUAUCGGUACUGGGCGUGCUGGUGCGGGAGCAAAAGCUGAGCGUUGCGGCGGGAAGAAGCAAAGGGCUCUCUGAUUGACGGACCCUACCUCGCGCCCAAAGAGUAUGCGCGCCAAGACUGCGUCCCAACAGCCGUGCAUAUGGUUUCGAAUUUCCAGAUGUCUAAUGCUUCGUAAUGGAGUGUUAGGUGUGCAGAGCGCGAGGGUGUGGGCGUGGAAGGGGCUGCCUUUGGUCAUAAUAGAAACGUUCAGACCUGCGCAGUGGCUGGCAGCGCGCCUACCGUAUUGAUCGGCUGCAUCUGUUUCUGGCGGGUGAUACCACGUAGUAGAGUGUGUGCGUAACCUGAGUGCAUGUCCGCGUAUCUGAUUAAGGGCUACCAGGGAACAUACGAAGGGAUGACUCUGAUGCGCUGUGGGGAAAUGUCCAAAGCAAGCUUUAUGUACUACUGGGGUUGGCACAUGCAGGCUGGUCGACAGACUCAAUAAGAGUACGAAACACCGGCAAGGGGUAUCACGGCCGAGGGGUUCGCUCGGGUGUCACAAGUGCCGCUUACCGGCCGAAAGGCUCGGUCAGGCAGGGCGCCUUCUGGCCGUGGCACCUUGCUCAUUUUGUUUCUGCAGGGUGUUCUUGGGUCGUGGUUUGUAUGAGGGGGUUUGUUUACCGUUUACAUGCACACGGGACGUCUGUCGCCAGGCCUUACAUGCCGGGGGUGCGGGAUGCAAAACAAUAUCUCGUGAGAGCUGGACAUUGGGAGUAGGGGAUCGCGAUGGAGGAGCACGCCGUCUGCAAGGUGACGCACACGCAAAUUGUGUGGGGGAGCUGGCCGGGCGCACGGGUAGUAAGUCAUCGUGGGGUCUAGGGUGCUGGUGUUCGAAACGGGGCCACGGGCGUGUCACGUCUGCAGGGUGUCGAGGAGCUGUGCUUGGAGAGCUGUUGCUUUCGCGACGACCCAUCCUAGCCAAAGCGAAUCCGCCGUCGCUUGGCCGCCCGCACAGGCUGCACAGUCCCCUGCGCUUUGAACCUCAACCCAAUGCGCGCCUGGCGCGGGCGGCCCCUGCCGGCCGCGAAUGCACUGCGCACGCCGCCACCAACACACAUGGUUGUCGUAAGGGCACGUGCAGGGUGUGGCUCCGGUUUGAUGUGAAUGUCUUGGUUAGUUUCUGUUUUUUUUGGACGAAUGGAUCCUCCGCUAUUCACUGCUCAAGCCUGUGGGAGCGACUGGUGCAUGCAGCAUGGGAGACUGGGGAAACGUGGCGUGGGUCGGUGGUGGUGAAGCAUUGUUGAUUGCAUCAAAUGCUGCUGGCCAGAUUUAGUCGUGCAUGCACAGGCGGCGGCAGGGAGCGGCGGCAGGCGUCGAUUGGGCUGUGAGGAGGCGGAGGAAGCGUACGGUAAUGUCAUGAUAGAUUCCGGGUCAUAGCCGCUGGCAAAACAGGGAAAGGCAUGACCGAAGGGACUGGCUGGCUGGAAAGAAAGGCUGUACGGUAGGCAGGGUGUUUUAGCGGCUUCGCGCGGUGGCGGUUGGGAUUUCUCACCGGGCGUGGGAACCGGGCAUGUCAGUGCGCGGGGCAUACGCCCUCACACGCUGCGUGCCACGGCACGCGGCAGCGCCCUGCACUGUAACGCAGAUCGCCA